AUGCAAGGGCCCUAUCUUGAUUUACCUCACAAGUCAAGCGAAACCGAUCGUAAGACGGCUGAAUCACGUCUGUUCGAACCGAUGAGGAUCGGGAACAUCGAAAUCAAACAUCGGAUUGUGAUGCCUGCCUUGAGUCGAAUGCGAGCCACCGUCGAUCACGUUCCUACAGAUCUGAUGCUCGAAUACUACGCCCAAAGAGCAGUCGUGCCGGGGACGCUCAUCAUCACCGAAGCCAACAUCUUAUCCGCUGAGCAUAGUGGGUACACCAACGCCACUGGAAUCUGGAGGCCCGAUCAAAUCGCCGCCUGGAGGAAGAUCACACACGAGAUCCACAACAAAGGGAGCUUCAUGUUUCUUCAAGUCAUGGCCAUGGGCCGCAUGGCAGAUCCAAACGAAGCUAAAAGAGAGGGAUUCACCAUCGUCGGAGCGAGCUCCAUUCCAUUCGUGGACGGUGCAACCGUUCCCAAAGUCAUGAGCGUCCAAGACAUCAAGCGCACUGUCCAACAAUUUGGCCAGGCGGCAAAAAACGCCCUCGAAGCAGGAUUCGACGGCAUCGAGCUCCUCGCCGGAAACGGGAUGCUUGUCGAGCAGUUCCUCCAAGAUAUGACCAACCAGCGUGACGACGACUAUGGUGGCAGCGUCGAAAAAAGAUCCCGAUUCGCCAUCGAAGUCCUCCACGCCAUGGUGGACGCCGUCGGUGACCCUCGACGUGUCUCAGUGCGUCUCAGCCCCUGGAGCAAAUUCCUCGGCAUGGGAAUGCAGGACCUGGUCCCGCAGUACUCAGACCUCAUCAGAAAGGCCGACGCAAUGCACCUCGCCUACCUGCAUGUGACCGAGUCUCGUGUCAAGGGCACCGAGGAUGUCGCCAGCUCAGAGAAGCUCGACUUUGCCUAUCAGCUAUUCAAUGGUCCUGUCAUUGUCGGAGGUGGAUACAAUGGAGACUUAGCACGCAAUCUGGUAGACCAAGAAUAUCGUGAUCGAAAUUUCGCCGUUAGCUUCGGACGCCAUUUCAUUGCAAACCCGGACUUGGUGUCCAGGAUCAAGAGAAAUCUGCCCAUGAAUCCGUAUCGCCGGGAUUACUUUUACACGCUCCAAGAGCCGAAAGGAUAUACUGAUUAUCCAUAUGCAGACGAGCUGGUGAUGCUAACUAACUCGGUCCCAGGAGAGGCGUGA